AUGUUUGGCAGCUCGACCACCAUGAUCGCGUCCGCCGCCGCCAGCGUCGAGGCCAGUCUGACAAGGAGCCGGUCCAAAUCCACCGCCGCGUCCACCUCGAGCCUCCUCGCCCGGGGCCGCUCCCAGUCUACGGCAGGGCCCGCCGCCUCGACCGCGUCGUCAAGGGACCGUCGUAACUUCCGCCCGCUCCCCUAUCAGACCCAUGCCGAGCUGGAUGGCUUCUUCGGCGUCUCGCCCGCCAUGCAGCGCGACAGGCAGAUGAGGUCCAAGGACGAAGACGGAAGGCUGUGGUACGACGCGACAGAAUCCGCGCGCCGACGCAGCAGCGCUUGGAGCGCCAGCCCGUCGACGCAAGUCUCUCCGCUGGUCGAGGCAGGCACGAGCCUGACGCCGACGCUCGCCACCUUCAGCCUCGCCGAUGCCGAGCAGCGCAAGCUGGAAGAGGCCAUCGUGGCCGGCGCUGCAGCCGCCGACUGCCAAUCGCGGCGCAACCGCCUCAAGCGCAGCAACAGCGCCACGAUGCUUGCCAAGACGGUGCAGGAUCGCCUGCCUUGCUGGACGGAUCAGGACCAGCGAUGCUGGAUCGCAGCGGCUCCGUACAAGAGGCGAGGCAGCAUCGGCGGCGACGACAACGAUGACGACGCCGACGCCGACGCGGCGAUGGACCAACGCGGGACAGUCGAUCAGGACAGCGAAACGCCCAUCCACAUCGACCGCCUGCCGCUCGAUAGGACCAGGACGACCAACGAGCUGCUCGACGACGCCUUCCCCGCCGUCAUGGCGGGCCGCAGGGCCGGUUCCACGGAUUCGAGCGGCCAAGGCGGCCUUGUCCGUCCUCGUCGGCCUCAUCCCCUCUCGCUCGGAUCGACGAGUGCCGCUCCGUCUCGAGCGGCCCUGCCGAACCGACGAUACUCGUCGCACGGCGAGCGGACGCCUUCGACCGCCUCGCCCACGUCGUCUUCGUCGUCGACAUCGCACCGCCGCUGCAACUCGUCGCCGCAGACCCCUUCGCCCACAUUCGUCGAGCCCGCCGAUGUCCGCUUUGCGCGAUUCAAGAGGCCGACGACUGCGACUGCCGCGGUGACGACGACGAAUCUCGUGGCGCCGUCCAACAGCCAGGGCCGACGGCGUCGCCGCAACACAUUCGGCGCGUUGAUAGACGAGGACGGCGACGAGCAGGGCGAGGGCGAACCCCCACGCACGUCAGUCUCGCUCGCCUCGAACACGUCAUCGUCGUCGUCGAAGCAGCUCGAGGUGCUCGCCUCGCCGCUGCCCUCUGACGUCGGCGAAGAGGAAAAGGACAGGAGCCGUCGUCGAAUGGGAGGCUGCCCGGGCCCUGACCGACGCUGCGUCGACACCCCACGGACGGGCGAGCGGCUACCGAAGCCAACCGCCGACGGCACCGACGGCGAGAGGGGCAGGGUCGAUCCGCUCGUGGCUGCUGCCGCGGCUGCGGCUGCGGCUGCGGCUGCUUCUCCAGCCCUGAGUCCGACCUGGCAUCAAGACGACUGGCAGCGGCGGCCAUCUGGCGCGCACCCCUCGGCCGACGACGAGCACCAGUUCGCUGUCUUCGUCGAGCUUCUCCUCGCUCAACAGCCAGUACGGCCGCGGCAGCAGCGCGGCCAGCGCCGCAAGGAGGCCAUCCUGCAGGAGCAGUCGGACCACGACUCGGCCAGCGCCACAGAGGACGGCCAUGACGACGACGGCCAGGAGGCGGCGGGCGUGCGGAGGAUGGGCGAUCGGCGCUACACGAUCUCGGCGAGCCUCCAGACGGGCCUGCACGUCUACGACGGCGUCGAUAUCCCGUGCGCUGCCGUGCACCUCGGCAGCGAUGCCGAGGACAACGCGGAUGUCGACGACGACGACGACGACGAGGUGGGCGACGUCUCGUCGACCGCGUCGACCCGCGGCAGCGGCGGAGGCCGCAGCAAGGGGCCCAAGAAGGCCAAGUCGGUCAAGCGAUGGUUUGCCAAGGUCGUGGGCUAA